UCCAAAGGCAUACUUCGUCACUUGAGUACGGAUCUCCUCUACACAUUUGUCAGCAUCUAUGAUUUCUUCAAUGGCAGUGCUGGUAAAACUCGCCUUCGAGUGAUUCUCUACUACUUCGCUUACUACCUCGAAAAUGCAGCGAUGAUAGGAGCUUGGUACAAGAAUUAUCCCUUCACGGCUGCUUGGUAUUAUCUUCCAACACUUUUAGUCGUAGUAACAGUUCAAUGGAUGGGGGCAAUUUUCCUACAACUCUAUUUCUUCUACUUCUCAUCCUCUCCGCGUGGAACGUCACUUUGUGGCCUCUGUUGCCCAGAUGAGCUGAGAGGUCCCAUUCAACUUGUUUACUCCCCAGUUCCAGCCUCUACUCAAAAUUCAGUCGUUCAAAAGGCUCAACCUCUACCUUCCCCUAGAGAUAAUCCAUCCUUUAUCCUUCAGCCCACUUCCUUGUACUCUUACCGAUCGCCUUAUGACCAUAGAGGAUCAUUCUCAUCUCAUCCCCGAACAACUAAAACGGACUCGUUGACAGUUGUAACUGCAGAAUUGCCGAAGAAACCUAGGUCCAAGUAUUUGUAUGUAAAGAAUGUAGAGGAUGAAGAACCGAUUGAAUACUGGAAUUAA